AUGGCGAACCUGAUCUACUUCAGACCGGAGGCCGACAACCUGACGCUGGUCGGCAACGGCAACAGGGAGGAAGAGGCAGAUCCCGACACCUACAACCAGAGGGCCAGCACGGACUACGUGCAGGACGUCUGGAGCAGGCUGGCUCUGCGCAUACCCGGGAUCGCCGACGGGCAGCUGGCGCAUGGCUAUGCCGGUCUGUACACCACGACGCCCGACCUGCACCCCGUAAUGGACCGAGUCGAUGGAAUCGACGGGCUUUACAUCUGCACCGGAUUCAGCGGUCACGGAUUCAAGCUCGCCCCGGCGGUGGGCGUGUGCAUGUCGGAACUGAUCAUGGACGGAGAGUCAAAACUGGUAGAUAUCUCAACGCUUCGUAUGGGUCGGUUCUCCGACGGCUCGCUGAACACGACCCAGUACAACUUCAAGGUGAUCGCGUAA